AUGUCUGGCUUUGGCGACCCGUACCGGCACCCGCGAGACGAUCGCGGAGGACGCGGCUUCGACCACCGCGAUGAGCGAGGCCCAGCAGGACGAGGACGAGGCGGGCACGGCGGCGGGCGCGGCGGUUACGAUGGCGGUCGUGCGGGCUACGACGACCGUGGCUACGGCGGCGGCGGCGGGCGAGGAGGGCGAGGCUGGGACGACGACGGCGGGAGGAACAUGAAGCGCGGGCGAUACGAGGACCACGACCGAGCACGCGGCUCGCCUUACGGCCGGGACGACUACCAGCACCCGCCGCAGCCCCAGCACGGCUUCACCUACCAGCCGCACGCCCAGCCCGCCUAUCCGCAGCAGCAGCACCAUCAGCACCACCAGCCGUCGCCCGUCGGCUACGCCGCCGCACCCGGCGCCCAGGUCGAGGCCGCCGCCGCACCUCCUCCUCGCGCCAAAGGCCCUGUCCAGCCUGAGCCCGUCUCGGCGUCGGUCAUCUUCCUCGGCCUGCCGCCGCACGCUGUCGACAUCCACCUACGCCAGUUUCUCGAGAACAUGGGCGCCUCGGUCGAUUCGACGACCGUCAUCAUGGACCGCGCGACCAACGUCUCCAAGGGCUUCGGGUUCGCCAAGUUCAGCUCGGUCGAGCAUGCGCGCGCGUUCGUCGAGCCCAACUUUCCGAGCAUCCCGUGGCGUGAGCCGAGCGGGCCGGCCCAGUACGACGGCAUGCGCGUCAAGAUCAACUACAGCCAGAAGAGCGGCGGUUGGCGCGAGGACCAAGGCGCGUCAGCUCGCUUGACCGAGGACUUGCGCAAGGCCGAGGGGACGACCCAGAGCUUCUACGUCAACGACGGCACCCGCGACAUCGGCUCGGCGCCGAGCAGCACGCUCCUCCUGCGAGGCCUCGACCCGCUCACGGGCGAGGACGAGAUCUUCAGCACGCUCGCUCGCGUCGGCGGUCGGGCCAACCAGGAGAUCGCCAAGGGCGGCGUCCGCCGGGUCAUGAUCGCCAAGGACCGCGCCUCGAGGAGCAGCUGGGGCUUUGCGUUCGUCCAGUUCGUCGACGUUCGGCUCGCGACCGACGUCCUCGGCGCCAUCUUCAACCCACGGUUCCACCCGGCCGGCUUCCGCAUCCGCUCGGCCAUCGUCGCCGCCUCGUUCGCCCACGAGAACUCGUUCAUCCCCGUCUACGCCGCCUCGACCUGGUCGUUCCGCGGCGACGGCGGCAAGCAGCUCGCCUACUGGGACGACAAGGGUUGCCUCACGACCUGGACGCCGCCGCCGCCGGUCGAGCUCGCCAAGGCCAUGCAGAACGUGCCCAAGGGCCCACGAGCGCACGAGGAGGCCAAGGCCGAGGCCGACCUCGCCGCCUUCUUCGACGACCUCGAGGCCGACCUGCCGCCCGACGCGGUUGGCGAUGCGGCGUCGGCAGGCGGCGAGUCGGCCGCCGCUCUCGGCGCAGAUGCUGCGGCCGCCUCUGCCGCAACGUCCGACAUGGCGACCUCGGCACCGCCCGGCGCCGCCGCACCGCCGCCGCCGAGCACGACCAGCUCGGCCGUACCUCUCGACCGCCCUAGCUCGGCAGCGCCCAUCUCGAUCAAGCCGAUCAGCUCGUCGGCUACGGCGACCGUCACCGCUACGCCCGCCGCCGCCGCCACCUCGUCGAGCUCUUCCGACUUGUCGGCGCCGAAGCCUGAUCCGGCCGUCGCCGCUCCUGCAUCUGCCCUUGGCGGCAAGGAGAAGAAGAGCGACCUGAUUGCGCGCCGCAAGGCUGCGCCUAACAUCGCCAAGUGGAACGACAAGGCCAAGGAGAUCCGCAAGCCCGCCGCGGGCACCACCCUCAAGACGUCGGCGGCGUCAAGCUCGUCGAGCGCGAGCACCGCUGCCACCGCGCCGGCCCACCUUCCACCUCCUGGUCCCCCGCCGGCCGCACCUGCGCCUCAUGGGCCAGCUACGCCGGCGACGGCGUCGACGUCGAGCGCCGAGGCCAACGACGAGUUCGCCCACGGCGACCCGGUCGCGUUCGUGUGUCUGCUGUGCCAGCGCCAGUUCAAGGGCACGAACCUCACCAACGCCGACACCGUCGCCGCCAGUACCGCCCGCAAGUUCGCCUCGCUCAAGAAGCACGCCGCAUCGCCGUCGCCCACCGCCGCCGCCGCGCCGACCAAGCCCAAGUACGUCGACCGCGCCGCCGCUCGGCGAGACGUGCACGGCGCGAUCGACGAGGGCCCUGUCGCCGGCCCUGGUGGCAAGAAGCGCAAGUUUGACGGCCCCGAGCCGCCGGCGCCGGCGCCCGCUGCGCCCAACAAGGACGGGCUCGAGCAGAGCAACGCCGGGCGCAAGAUGCUCGAAAAGAUGGGAUGGACCGCUGGAGCAGGACUCGGCGCGACAGGCGACGGGCGGGUCGCACCGGUCCAGGCGGCGCAGUUUCAGCAGGGCGCCGGCCUCGGCUCGACCAAGGGCGUCGCGGUGGGCGAGGAGGUGCCGACGAGUCACGCCGAGCGAAUGCGGCUCAAAGCCUUAGAGCGGUUCGAGAAGUAGCUGCGCGUCUUGCAUACUCAGUCUUGUCGCACUUG